GAAACCUUUUACAAAAUGUAAAGGUUUUGUUGAAUCUAUUUUAUUUCAUCCUUCAAAACCGUUAUUUUUUGUUGGAACGAGGCAACAUAUUUUAAUUUACGAUUUGGCUAGAAACGAAUUAAAAAGAAAACUUUUUCCUGGGACAAGAUGGCUAUCAUGUAUGGUGUUACAUCCAGAAGGAAAUAAUCUUUUUAUUGGUGGAUUGGAUAGAACAUUUUCCUGGAUGGACUUAGAAUUGGGCACAAAACCUUGGAAAAAGCUUCGAACACACCAAUCAGGAAUUCGAUCAAUUACAUAUCAUAAACGUUAUCCUCUACUUGCUACUGUAUCAGAUGAUGCAACAGCAAUAGUUUAUCAUGCUAAAACAAGUCAAGAUUUGGAAAAAGAAAAUGAAUUAGUGCCAGUUAAACGUCUUUUUGGACACAAAAUUUUGGCAAAAAGGGAAUUAACUAAAUUAAAAGAACAAAAAAUAAAUGAAGAAAAUAUACAAGAAGAAGAGGACAAAAAUGAAGAGAAGAAGAAGAUAAAUAAUAAAACUCAGGAAGAGAAUUCUGACAAUGAAGAAUCCCCUCCAACAAAACUUGACAAUACUCGGUUGUCCAUACUUUGUGCUACUUUUCAUCCAAUUCAGCCUUGGCUAAUAACUUCGGGUGCUGACGGAAAUAUAGCAUUAUUUACUUAUUAA